AUGCCACAGGCGGCUAAGAAAGACAACCAGACACAACGAGCUCAGGAUAAGGAGUCGAAGAGAGCUAGAGGAGCCUUGUCGUGCGCGGAAUGUAGACGGUUGAAGUUAAAAUGCGACAAAACUGUUCCAUGCUCAAGCUGUAAACGAAGGGGCUGCUCAGCGAUUUGUCCAAAUGGCAGUCUUAUCACUGGUCAAGGAACCAGGUUCGUAUUGGCCGAUACCGAGACCUUGCACCAGAAAAUAGCCCAAAUGUCCGACCGUAUCCGUCAACUCGAGGACGCGCUUGCUAUCUUACAAUCCACGGUUGCAGGACCUGGUGGAGAACCGCAUCCACUUUUACAUCGCGAUCUACUCAAAAUCAAGUCAUCUAUUGAGUUACACUCCGCAUCUGGGGCCGCAGGGGAAGAUCCGCCAGCGCAGGACGGUGCAGAAGAGGAUGAGGACGGCAAUGCCGAAUACAUUGAUGCAUUUGGAACCUUGGCCAUUCGGGAUGAUGGGGCAGCAACGUUCUAUGGCCGGUCAGCAGGCUCGGAAGGCGAGAUUUCAUCAGAGGCGUCUUCAACACAUCCCACUUCUCCCAGCGACCGCGAUCUUUCACCUCCUCUCAGACAUCUAUCUGCUGCCCCAUCAUACUCGGACUUUUCUGUCGCUUCCUCAUCUCCGCAUCAACAUUUUGCGAAUAGGUAUCCCCAACAGCCAUACAAUCCUGACGGCUCCCUUCCGAAUGCGAUAACGUCAUUUGCAUCUGGAUUUCCCCUCGCCCCCUCUCUUUCCGCUGGUAGUUCCUCAGCGGCAUCGGUAAUGUCAUCGCCAUCAUCAUUUGGCCCUUCUUCCCUCACACCGUUUACCCAUUCCCAAAAGCACACCCUCACGUUACAAGAUUUGACAUCUCAAUACCUUCCUCCAUUUGUCGAUGCUUUGAGACUGGUAAACCUCUAUCUAGAGCAAGCACCUUGGUUCUUCGGUGCUGUCACGCAGAGGCAAAUCGAACAAGAACUUAUGCCACUAUGGUAUGAAGAGGCAGCUUCCGCCGUCCCAUCGACCUCUACUCCUCCCGCAGGUGGUUUGGUAGUACAAACCAGCCCCGGAAGCGGCGUAAGCACGCCUCCUACGCCACGGACGGGAACAUCUCACGACCUCGCCCUUUUGUUCAUCGUAUUUUGCUUCGGUGCAUUGACGGACAUCAACCUUCCUUCGCCUCCUGAUAAUGCCCCAGCUGAGAAAUAUUAUCAGCUUACAAAAGUCGCCCUUACGUUAGAUCCUGCGGCCCCUAAUGGCGUUCCUGUGGCGACAGUGCAAACCCUCAGUUUGAUGGCAAUUUACGAGGGAAUGUGUAGCGGUGAAAACAGUAUCGAGACUACAUGGGCACUCAUGGGAUUGGCUUGCAAAUUAUCUCAGAGCGUAUACCGUGAUUGUGCACGAUGGAAGCUGACUCCAGCAGAAGUUCAAAAGCGCAGAGCCUUGUUCUGGGAGCUUUUUAUCACAGAUUGUUGGCAGAGCUUGGCCACUGGACGACUGGCAACAUUUUCUCUCCCAUUCGUUGAUUGCGAACUUCCUGCUGAUCCAGACCAAACAAUUGCAGAAGAUGGUUCUGUUCAGCCUAGCUUUCCUUAUUGGAAAGCUCGUUUCGGCGCCGAAUGUGUUUCCGCUGUCGUACAAGGCACUCUCACGUCUCGUGCUCCUAAAUACUCUAUUAUCCUGGAUUUGGAUCGCAAAGUUCGUGAUAUGGACCUGCCAGCUUAUGCUCAAGGCCCGCCGCCACAGGGUCUUGGGCUGGCUCAGACAAUGUCACACUUCAUGCCCCAGAAUUACCGUGAAUUGACUUUGCUUUAUAUCCAUCGCUGCUUCUUCGCCCAUGCCAUCUCCAGUAAUCCUUUGGAUCCGAUCAAGAGUCAAUAUGCUCCUUCGUUCUUGGCUGGAUAUCGUAGUGCUUGCACCAUCAUCGCUUCAGUUAAGCUACAAUUUUCGAUGUUCCCUGCCCAGAUUGCACGAUUUUGGGUGCUAUGGACUCAUGCAUUUUCUGCUUCGGUGAUGUUGGCCUCAGUGGCGACUCAUAGCUCAAGAUCGAAGAUAGCACUGGCCGCAUUGCUGGAGUUAAAGACCGCAUGUGAGCUCUUCGAAAGUGCGGCUAGCUAUGGCGGAAGGGCGGUGAAAUUCCUUCCUAUCCUUAAACGUUUGCAAGGCAAGGCUCAGACAGCCUGCCGCAACGCCAAUAGCGGUGUUCCUGCCCCGAUUCCUAAUGAUAUAUUCAAACCGUCACAAACCAACGAACCGAAGGAUGAAUUGUCAAUAUUCAGUGGCAAGACGCACACUUUAAGCACAAAAGCAACACCAACUGGAGGAACAUCUGCGCAAACCUCAUCCACUGCAUCUGGACACAGCGCUCCUCCGAGGGCGUCCUCCAAGUCAUCUCGUGCAUCCAGCGAUUCUCCGAAGGCGAUCGCGGAGUAUCCAUCGUUUGCUAAUGUCCAUCCAAGCUUGGUUUCUGAGCUCAGUGUGUUCCACGGACACAUCAAGACGCAGAUACAGAAUGCCUAUCAGAAUGGCAACGACCUGUUCAGUGGUAGUGUUCCGAUGGUGGUCGAUGCUCCGCCCCGCGUUCCUGCACCACAGCCAAAGAUAUCACCUCAGCCACCACAACCACAGUACCCAGCGCAGGUGCACCCACCACAGGCUCAAUACCUACAUCAGCAACAGACUAUGUAUCAUGCGCAAAUGAAGCAGGAACAGUUCGAGAGGCAGGAAGAAGAGAGGAUACACAUGGAGAGAAUGGAGCAAGAAAGACGCGAGAUGGAGCGAAGGGAGAUGGAGAGACGCGAGAUGGAGAGAAGGGAAAUGGAGAGGCGCGAGAUGGAGCAGCGCGAACUAGAGCGACAGGAAAUGGAGAGGCAGCAACAGAUGAAGCAACAAAUCGAUCUUCAGCGACGAGAGAGUCAUCACUAUGAAGUUCAAAGACAACAACAACUUCAGCAGGAAGCCCUUCAUCGCCAGCAGCAUAGUCAACAAUAUGACAUGCGACACCAGCAAAGACCGGAAGAACUUCGCCAAUUAGAGGAGGUCCAGCAGCAUCAACCGCAUCAAGCGCCUCAAUAUCACUCACAAACGUAUGAAGCCACACCCCCACACAGUUCAUACGGGGCCAUGCCGCCUGCUCCUUCAUCCUCUCAUUCUCAACCUAGACGAUCUAUUGUAGAUCAUAAUCCAUACCGGUCGCAGCAGCAGCCACAACAACACUACCAAACCAUAAAUCAUCAUCCUCCUCCUUUACCCCCUCACACCGUUCCUUCCCAACACCACCAGCAACCUCCUCAACAUCUUGUCCAAUCGCAGCAUACUGGUCAGCACGAGCCGCCACAUCAACAGCAACACACAAUGUACAAUGCUCCUCCUUCCUCUCAUCAUCCUAGUCCGGAGGGCAUGUCGUCGUCGUCGUCAGUAGGCUACAGCCCGCCAACAGCAACAUACUCUUCGGCACCGGCACCGGCACCAGCCCAACUACAUAUGCAACCGCAGGCCCCGCCUACCGGAUCGUACACUCAGGAAUCAUCGCCUGCAUACGUCCCGGAAACGUACACAUACUGGCCCGCGGCUUCCUCGUCCUUCGCUAUGCCCGACCAGCGGUCGACAGGUCCUGGGUACACUGUUGGACCGGCGCAUGCGCAUCACCAACAAUAUACGCCAGAAAAUGCGCUUCGAGGAAUCGCUGCUGAUGAUCGAGGGCUGCAGGAGACAUGGCAAUCCUACAUGAAUAAGGUUGGAACGCCUCGUCAGUUUUUUGAAGAUUAG